AUGUUCUAUCCAUUGGAUAAUGCUGAUGAUAGCGGAAUGUAUACUUGUAAUGUUGAAGUGACUGCUCCUAAUAGUUACAUAUAUCUCAGAAAUACAUCAGCUAAUGCUAGUAUUUCCAUUACAGUUAUUGCUACUCCAGAGCCACUAGUAGAGAUAGUAUCUAUGGGUAUUGCUGAACCUGGUAAAGAAUACAUGUUAAAUUGUACAGUGACAAUUGUUGAUAGACUCAUAGUCUCACCAGUGAUAACAUGGAGUAAGAGAUCAGCUAACAAUGUUAUUAGUGUACCUCCAGAUCUUAUGACUGUAUCUAAUGUAAUGAGUUCUCUUUAUUUGAAUUUCUCUUCUCUCAAUACUUCUGAUGCUGGCCUGUAUACUUGUGAAGCCUCCAUUAAUGUUAGUCAGAUGUCCAUGGUAGCAAGGAAUAAUGAAUUUUGGAAUUUACUAUUAAAAAUUACAAUUCCAUUCGUUUACCUACAUGUAAGCCAAUCAAGAGAAUCUAACUUAUUAGCUGGCAGUAACCUGAUACUAACAUGUGAUAUCAGUGUUGAUCCUAAUGUUGAUACACCAUUCACUGUUAAUGUAACCUGGAACAUGACUGAUCAACAGAUCAUGAGUAAUAGUAAUUUUGGAGGUGAAAUUAAUUCCAGUUCAAUACUUGCUGAUACAGAUCGUGUUAAUAUCAGCUCUGUUAUGAUGAGAUCAGGUUUCAAUGAGUAUAGAUCAACACUUAAUUUCACUACAUUGAGCAGUAUUGAGGAUUCAGGAACAUAUACAUGUAUUGUUACUAUAGUACCAGCUUCAGCUUAUGAAUAUGUAAUGACUUCUGAUACCAAUUACACAAACAUUCACUUCAUAGUUACUG